UCGAUGAAAAUGGGCAGCCCGUUAUGGUGCAACCACGACCCCCUGCAGCACUGUUUCAGAGAAUUACAGAGGAUUAUACUGCAGAGGAGGUGUCACAUCUGGGGAGAAAAUUCAGGCAGGGGGUGGAGGAGCCCCUGGAUUCAUGGCUGCCUGGUGUGCCUGGUGGAUGUCUGAGUGGGAGUGGAGGAGGUUGAUCGGAAGAUCCAAUAAGGAGGGGACGCAGAAGGAUCCUCGCUAGGGCCCGCCUGAGACCUGGUGGUGCUGCCUGCUGGGGCAUGCUGCUAGCUGCCCUCACUGUCACUGCGAUGACCCCCCCCCCCCACCAGUCGAUGGAGGAAGUGGUUCAGUUUCGAAUGGGCUGGAGGAACGCAACAACAAUGAGGCCUGUUACAUUGCCAAUUUAUCAGUUAAGAAAUGCUACAACCAUAGAUAAUCGGACUAACCCUUUUAUUUACCCAGUGGACGCAUUGCCAAAGGAACUAGUAAUUAAAAAUCAUACAGCUCCACUGGUGACGACCUGCCAGGAAAAAGCACACGCUGUGGUUCGAACAGGAGAAAUCACUUGGACAAUGUUGUCCAACACUGGAAAUAAAGCUAGCCAGGCCGUUCAUCGCCUGGGGAACUGGAUGCCGGUCCCUAUAGGACCACAAAAAGAGACUGCAAUCAUUUUACAACAACAGUUGAAAUGGCAAACUAGAUUGUUUAAUGACACUGCCGAUGUUUUAAUAAAUGUAACCAAAGCUAUUGAUGCAACUGUGUGUGGUUUACAGGUGAUAUAUUCCCGACUACAGGAGGAGAGGUUUGUACGGGUAAUAACUACACCUAACCCAAAUGAAUGGAGACGAUUGUUUGAUAUAUCUGAUGCUUUAUGGUUACAAAUGAAACCUGAACAGACUCGAUGUAAUAUGACCAUGUGUACAGUAAGUUGGAUACAGUGGAAUGUUACUCAAGUAAUCACCAUCUGUAAGUUUCAGGUAUUACCAUUGAUCGUACAUAAUAAGUAUAUGUUUUUGAGAACUCACGGUGAAUGGUUUAGUCCCCAAACCAAUCACACGUAUGACCUGACGGACUGUGAAAGUACUGAUCGAGGCCAAGCCUGCCUCUUAUCUAAAGGGUAUAGAAAUCCAUGCUUUACAGGAGACACUGCACUGUGUGAAUGGUUUAUAGAACCAGCUAGCGACAUGCUAUGGCAAGUGGGCCCCAACACCCUUUGCGUAGCUACUACUCACAACCAUACUCAGUUGCCUACUGUACCGUUCUCAGGUUGUUUAAAAGGUUUACACCUAUGGAAUUGGCACAAUGUAACAAUGUUACCCGUGCCUUAGCAACAACUCUAGUUAACCGGGAACAGGUUUUGCAUGCAGCAAGGAUGGUGGAGAUGGACAGUGCUCAUCACUGGUGGGACAUUUUUUCAGGAAUGUCUGUCACCGCUAGAACAUAUGUAGCUCCACCAUUAUUGAUUCUUGUGGCUAUUUUAUGUGUAUUGACGCUAUGCAAUGUAUUAACAUGCCUUUAUAUACGCCGCAUUGUGUGUUAUAAUCUGACCGUAGAUAAUCAAAAUCACUGGGGGCAUGUGCAGGUUUUUGAUGGAAUUAUUGGAUGUCAUGUGGGAAGGUGGAGGUUUUAUGGAUUAAUGGCAUUUUAGGCCAGAGGUGGUAUGAUAUGAGAAUAUCUAAUUUGUGUCCUAAAAUGCCCACCUGUAUGCUAUUGGGGUUAUAUAACUGCUUGUUUU